AUGUCCGAUGCUCUCGCAAAUGCAGUAUGUGAACGCUGCCAGACUCGAUUCGAUCCUGCAGAGAGGAUUGUAAACAGCAAUGGGGAGCUCUAUCAUGAAAACUGCUUUGUCUGUGCUCAGUGUUUUCGUCAGUUCCCAGAUGGGCUUUUUUAUGAGUUUGAAGGUCGGAAGUACUGUGAGCAUGACUUUCAGAUGCUGUUUGCUCCUUGCUGCGGGGAAUGUGGUGAGUUCAUUAUUGGGCGUGUUAUCAAGGCAAUGAACAAUAACUGGCACCCAGAAUGUUUCCGCUGUGAACUCUGCGAUGUAGCACUUGCUGACCUGGGUUUUGUAAAGAAUGCUGGCAGGCAUCUGUGCAGGCCAUGCCAUAAUCGUGAAAAAGCCAAGGGACUGGGAAAAUACAUCUGUCAGAAGUGCCACUUGAUAAUUGAUGAGCAGCCUCUGAUGUUUAGGAAUGAUUCCUACCACCCAGAUCACUUCAACUGCACCCACUGUGGGAAGGAGCUGACUGCUGAAGCCCGGGAACUGAAGGGAGAACUGUAUUGCCUGCCCUGCCAUGACAAGAUGGGAAUCCCCAUCUGUGGAGCCUGCCGCAGGCCCAUUGAGGGACGAGUGGUCAAUGCUCUGGGAAAGCAAUGGCAUGUUGAGCAUUUUGUUUGUGCCAAAUGUGAGAAGCCAUUCUUGGGGCACCGACACUAUGAGAAAAAAGGGCUGGCUUAUUGUGAAACUCACUAUAACCAGCUCUUUGGAGACGUCUGCUACAACUGCAGCCAUGUGAUAGAGGGAGAUGUGGUAUCGGCUCUUAACAAGGCCUGGUGUGUGAAUUGCUUCUCCUGCUCCACCUGCAACAUCAAGCUGACUCUGAAGAAUAAGUUUGUGGAGUUUGACAUGAAGCCUGUAUGCAAGAAGUGCUAUGAGAAAUUCCCUCUGGAGCUGAAGAAACGCCUGAAGAAGUUGUCAGAGCUGGCAUCCAAGAAGGCACAUCCCAAAGCUCUGGAUUUAAACUCUGCUUAAACAGGUCUGUCAGUAUA